AUGGCCUUUCAGUUUCUAUUUUUGGCAUUCAUCGCCAUAACUUGUUCCAUUGCUUUGGCAACUGAUCCAAGUUCUCUUCAGGAUUUCUGCGUGGCUGACCCAGUAAGAUCAGGUAUACCAGUCAAUGGCCUUGUUUGCAAGGACCCCAAGUUUGUUGAAGCCAAUGACUUCUCCUUCAGUGGCCUUCACCUAGCAGGCAACACAUCAAACACGGUCGGUUCACAUGUGACCCCAGUCAAUGUAGCCCAAAUUGCAGGACUUAACACUCUUGGCAUCUCCAUUGCUCGCAUCGAUUAUGCACCGUGGGGUGUUAAUUCUCCACACACACAUCCUCGAGCCAGUGAAGUCUUGACAGUCCUUGAAGGGAGCCUCCAAGUAGGCUUUAUCACCUCCCACCCCGAAAACCGUCUCAUCACCAAGAUACUUCAUGUGGGUGAUGUGUUUGUGUUCCCAGUAGGCCUUUUGCAUUUCCAGCGCAAUAUUGGAUAUGGUAAUGCAGUUGCCAUUGCAGCUCUCAGCAGCCAAAAUCCAGGUGUUAUUACCAUUGCAAAUGCAGUGUUUGGAUCGAAUCCUGACAUCUCUAGUGAUGUUCUUACAAGGGCUUUCCAAGUGGAUAAGGACACAAUUUACAAUUUCCAGUCAAGGUUUUAGACUCCAAGAUGGAAUCUGCUCUAUUGAAGUCAAAAGGGACUGAGAGUUUAUUUGAGAGUGUCUAAUGUGU